AUGUACACAGCAUCCUUCAUGCCACAGUGGGGAGGGGCCCUCUUGCUCUCCUCCACCUUGGCCUCAUCCUCGUCACCUGCAUCAAUACCGUCUCUGCCACACACAUGGUCCGAACCACCACCAAACCCCUCGACACCUCUUCUGUCUACAUCAUCAACAUCACCCUCACCACCUAGACCCUCGGAAAGCGGUGCCUCGAUCAAAGGUUUCGUCGGGGGCACCGUUUCCGGGCUCACCAAACUGCUCGUCGGCCACCCGUUCGACACGAUCAAAGUGCGCAUGCAGUGCUCACCCGUGGGUACGUACGCUGGGCCACUCGACUGCUUCCUGCAGCUGGCGCGGCGCGAAUCGCUGCUCGGGCUGUACAAGGGCGCGACACCUCCGGCGUUCGGGUGGGCGCUGACUGACUCGGUGCUGCUCGGCAGUCUGCACAACUACCGGCGCUUGUUUGCACGCAUCACCAACCCGAAUUUCGGCGACGAGGAGGACGACGAUGCUGGUGGCAGGGGGCUCGACAUCAAGUACCAUGCGCUUGCCGGGCUCAUGGCGGGUUGGACGAACAGCUUCGUCACCACCCCUGUCGAGCUGCUCAAGGCCAAGCUGCAGAUGCAGACGCAGCGCGUGACGCUCCACCUGCCGGGGCAGUCGGCCGCGACGACGGUGGCCAAGACGCAAUUCACAGGCCCACUCGACUGCACACGCCAGAUCAUCGCGCACCGCGGCAUCUGGGGUCUGUGGCACGCCCUCCCCGCCACACUGCUCUUCCGCUCCUCGUUCGCCGCCAUGUUCGGCUCGUACGAGUACUUCCAGCGCCUCCUCGCCUCGUCGUCCAUCCCACUCUCGCCCGCCACCGUCACGUUCGUCUCCGGCGGCCUCGCCGCAGAGGUCUUCUGGAUCACCGCCUUCCCCGCCGACGUCAUCAAGAACCGCAUGAUGGCCGACAGCAUCACCAACCCCAAGUACACGCAUAUCCGAGCCGCAUGGCUCAGCGCCUGGAACGCGAGGGGCUCCCACCUGCCCUGGUGGAGCAAGGUCAGGGGCAUCUAUACCGGCUUCUUGCCGUGCCUGUUGCGCGCAUUCCCCACAAACGCGGCCGCACUGUUUGCGUUCGAGACGGCCAUGCGCUUGAUGGAUGCCGAGAAGGUCUGA